AUGUCUCAAUCUCAGAAAAACGGUGUACCAACAGACAACCCUCCUUCCUAUGAAGCUCACUCCAUUCCUCCUGCAACAGGCGUGCAAGCAGGCAAACCACCUCCGUCCGGACGUCGCCCGCUCCGCCCUCCGCCACUGUUAGAACUCCCCGCCCUUAACCUUCUGCGAAAUAAGCGGAUCGUUCUCGCCUCCCAAUCCCCCCGCCGGAAACAGCUUCUUGCUCAGAUCGGACUGCACAAUGUCGAAAUAAUCCCAUCCAAAUUUGAGGAGAACCUGCCCAAGACACUGGCCCCAUUCGAAUAUGUACUGGCUACUGCGACGCAAAAGGCAUUGGCAGUUUACAAGCAGGAGGUAAACAAUGAAGAGAAGGGCGAGCCAGGAUUGAUCCUUGCAGCGGACACGAUUGUUGUUAGUUCGAUGGGGGAAAUAUUGGAGAAACCAACGAGUGAGGCAAAUCAUAUUUCCAUGUUAAAAAGCCUAAGGGAUUCGGUUUUGCAUAAGGUCUACACUGCCGUCUGCGUGGUUACUCCCUUGGAGAGUGCAAGAGAUCCUGGGUACGCCAUCGAGACCGCCACGGAGGAGACUACAGUGAAGUUCGACUCUGAGAUCACAGACGAAUUACUUCUGGCAUACGUCAGGACCAGAGAGGGGGCAGAUAAGGCGGGCGGAUAUGGGAUACAAGGGACCGGAGCGAUUCUGGUGGAGAGGAUUGAUGGCAGCUUCGAUAAUGUUGUUGGACUCCCGUUGAGGACAACGCUCAAGUUGAUUGAGAAGGUCAUGCAGAAGGCGGAGGAUGAUGAUAUCUUGCAGGGUGAAGGCGACGACUUGCUCGAGGAUGAGUGA